AUGAGUCGCUUGCGUUCAACUUCGAUGACAAGUUCCCUUCCAACCCCAACAAUAUUUACUGGCACUCCACAGAAGCCCAAACUUACUGAAGUCCUUCAUUUUGAAGUUACCAUCAGUGAUAUUAUUCAUUUAGAGGAGUUUGAGCAACGAGUGGUGUAUUUAAAAUGGAAACGUGGCUCUUCGAAGUAUUCUGGGCAAUUAAAACGAGUUGUUGUAUCAAAAGGAAUCGCUUCUUUUGAUUCGGUUAUCAUGUUUGACUUAGUGAUUGAACGUGAAAAGAGUGGGCAAUUGAAGCCAAAGAAGUAUCUUAAACUGGACUUAAUAGUUAUCACUGAAAGGGGGGAAAAGGAAAAGGGGUGUCUAGACGUCGAUUUAACAACAUACUUGGACACUAAAAGUUCUCAAGAAAAACUUCCAUUUUAUAAGAAGAGUUAUUUACUUCAUUUUAAAGUCGACUUCUACCAACAAGACUUACUAAUUAGUCCAAUGCGAAGCUCUACUAUAUCGGAAAGUGAUUCGGGGUCUUCCAAGCAAUCUCCUCGUAAGCGUACUCCGAUAAAUGUAUCUCUGUCCACCAACUCGACUCCAUGCAAAAUGCGCGAAAAGGAGUCCGAUGCAAUGAAGGACAAGUGCGAAAAACUCAUAGCGGAGCGUGACAGUAUUAAAUCGAAGCUUGAGAACGCAGAAAUAGAAAUCAAACAACUUGAAACAAAAAUUGAGAAUAUGAAGGGAGACUCGAUGAAUAACCCACUCGAAACAGUCAAUUUUAUCAUUGACAAUAUUAUUAAUACUACUUACGAAUUUAAUGGUACUUACACAUUGGCUGCACUCAAUAUUGCCUCGAGAAUUAAUGAAAAGAAUUUAUUCAAUGACGAGUGUGGCUUCUUCAAAGUCCUUUCAAAGACACUUUCUGGGGUGGUGAAACUUGCUUCGCAACAAAGUGACGUUUUAGCAUUUUGGAUAGCAACACUUUGUGCUUUAAUACACAAAACGAAUUUACUUAAUCCAAAAUUGGAAACGACUGAAAUUAAAGUCAAAGAGUUAAGGGAAAGUUUUUGUGGUGUUUUAAACGAAGCACUAUUCAAUUUUCUUCAAUUAUGUGUUGGGGAUGUUUCUGUGUUAAUUCGAUAUGUUCAAGAGAAAGACAAUAUUCAUGUGGAGUGUUACAACACGUUCUAUGUCUGUGUAAAACAACUUCUCAAAUACGCUGUGACACAAGAUGUGAUUGAUUAUGUCGUCCAACAAUACACCGACACGAUCGACCGAUUUUUAUUUACUAUGAUAAUGCGAGACAGUGAUAAAUUUAACAUCCAGCGGGGUUUAUCUCUCAAAAUGAAAAAUGAUGCAUAUCGGGAGUGGAUAUUAUCCAAAUUUGGCAAGUCUUCCGACUCUUAUUUCAAGCGAAUAUCCGAGUUAAGUAUGUUAAUGUUACUUCAUGCUCCAGACUUUACUUCCUUCACCAACAUUUCUUCUGCAAUUGACCGUCACAUAUUGACGGAAGACAAUAUCAUUCGUGCUCUUCACAAAUUCGAUCCUCCUCUUACUGAUUUGGUCUUAACUAAAAUGUCCGAAGAAACAGGCAUAGACGUCUCGACUACCCCCACCUUCCCCAAAAUGUUUCAGCCCAUUCUCUUCCCCGAAACACUUUCCCUUGCUAUGUAA